AAGUAACAACGCUUACUCCAAUUGGUUCUUCUAACUCCCACGAGCGGUCCCAUGUAAAAUAUUUGCGAAAGGGUUUAUUGUUUCUUUGCUUUCGGGAUCCAAAUUUUGUUUUCUGUCAAGUGACUUCUACAAUCAAGGGACGGCUCGGAAAAAUGGCAGGAGGCAAGGCAGGGAAAGACAGUGGUAAAGCCAAGGCAAAGGCAGUGUCGCGCUCCCAAAGAGCCGGACUGCAGUUUCCAGUGGGUCGUAUCCACAGGCACUUGAAAACCCGCACAACCAGCCAUGGUCGUGUCGGAGCCACAGCGGCAGUGUACAGUGCAGCCAUCCUCGAGUACCUCACUGCUGAAGUACUAGAGUUGGCAGGCAAUGCCUCCAAAGACUUGAAGGUGAAACGUAUCACUCCCCGUCACUUGCAGCUGGCCAUCCGUGGGGAUGAAGAGUUGGACUCCCUUAUCAAAGCCACAAUUGCAGGAGGAGGUGUCAUUCCCCACAUCCACAAAUCCCUUAUUGGGAAGAAGGGCCAGCAGAAGACUGCAUAGAUGCCAUUUUGACCAUAAGAUUUGGGGCUGGGAUUUUGUUUGGACCGGGGUUCACUUUUUUUUUUUAAUAUUAUAGCAAAUGAAGAGUGAUUGUUAGGCUUUUGUGUUAUAUUUUACCAUAACUAGAACAGUUCAGUAAAUCUUUAAAAUCUCUCUAAAAAACCUUUAUAUUUCAUUGUAGAAUGUUUGACUGGGGAGUUAAUGAAUAUCACAAAGUUGUGACAGUGAAAUUGUUUGAUUGGCCUGGGACUCUAAUGUUUUAAUACUAAAGAAAAUAACGUUAAACCAUUUUUUAUUAAAAAAAAAGACUUGGUUUGUGGUUAUUUACUUUGAGUUACAAUAUUUUACUAAGAUACAAGUUUUUACAAAGAUUAGUUUGUUUUGAAUGGCAAAUUAGGUAAUGUGACAUGGUGCUUUUAUCCCUAACAAUGUACUGUAUCCUUUUGAAAUGCACAUGAAUAGUGAUUCUUAAAAGGAGAAAAAAAAUGGAUGAAAAUGUUUCAACCACCUGCUACAGUGUCUUGUGUCAACUUUUUGGCAGGGUUCAGUGUUAAGCUUCACAUUUUGAUAAUGUGCUGUGAUCAGAUAAUGCUGGUUCUGCAGAUUUGAACAUGGCUAAAGGAGUCUGACAUUGUUUUUAACUACAUAUUGCUACUUAUUAUAUUUGUGUCCGUACGUGUCAUAUAAGCAAGUAAAAUAUUUUAGCCGAGUACUUAAAUGUAUACAGAAAGAAAAAUACUCAACUCUGGAUCAAUCACAACAGAGUUGAAUUUUUUUCUUUGAAUAAGAAAACACCGGUGGUGCUUUAGCCCAGAGGCAAUGUCUCUGUCAUUGUUGUGGAACCCAAGGGUUCACCUGGGCAAGAUCGUAUCCCGGUUAGGGCAGUUGGUACCUUCCAGUGGACCUACCACCCACAGGAAGGUUCAGGGGGGUUGGUAUGGUGCAGUGUGAUUUGGGUGGCGGUCAUAGAGACUGCUGCCCCCGUGACCCGGUAGCGGAUGAAAAUGGAUGGAUGGAAGAAAAUGCUGGUUAUGUCAGGGAAAUUACUGCAUAUUUUAUCUAUGAAUAAAUAUUGUUUGCAUGUUUUGGUUUGAAAAACUACUUGAAAUUUGCAUUUAUACAUUUUGUACGUUUUAUAUGUGGUGCUAUGACUGUCCAACAAUACAUGAACUAAUCAUCA